CGCUGCUACGCCAUAUCUACCCAUCCACCCACUAUAUACAGCACUAAGCCCCGCCCAGAACACAGGGGAACCAAUAGGGCGAGCCGAUCAAUAUUCCCCACUUGGCUACAUAUGGAUUACCAGAUCAGUACCUGCAAAACCUUGCUCUGUCUAUACCUGAUAAUUCCACCUGCAUGUUACACCUGCUACUACAUGACAGCUUCAAACCCAUCAGCUUUUUGCAGUAAAUCUGCUUAAUCUGGAGCCAAAAAACAAAUUACAAGCAUCUAAACAAACACAGACAUUUAUUCUCAAAAUAACUGCUCUCCUGCUUUUUUGCAUUUUACCUAAUUCUUAUCUACAACAACAUAUUGUAGGAUUAUACCUUAUUUGUGGAAUAAAACGUCAGUAACAGUUAUAUGACAAAUAAAAAUUGAGUUGGUUAGGUACAAAAUUUCUAAGAAGUACUACUUUAGUCUGGCCUCAGUCCAAAACCACACCUACUGCAGCCUGAGAAGCAGGAAGUUCCUCCCACUCUCACACACAGACGACUGUGAGAGAAAACGAAACUGAAUCCUAUCAGUGUUCGUGGUAAAAUGGCAGAAGCCAGUGUCACAGUGAAUCAGAAUCAGUUCAGCUGUCUAAUCUGUCUGAACCUACUGAAGGAUCCAGUGACUAUCAACUGUGGACACAGUUACUGUAUGAGCUGCAUUAAGAGCUGCUGGGAUCAGGAGGAUCACGCUGGAGUUUACAACUGCCCCCAGUGCAGACAGAUCUUCAUACCCAGACCUAUUCUGGGCAGAAACACCAUCCUGGCUGAAGUGGUGGAGAAACUGAAGAAGACUGUAAUACAAGCAGCUACUCCUGCUGACCAUUAUGCUGGACUUGGAGAUGUGGAGUGUGAUUUCUGUAAUGGGAGAAAACGCAAAUCUGUCAAGUCCUGCCUGGUGUGUCUGGCCUCUUACUGUGAAACUCACCUCCAGCCUCACUAUGAGUCUCCAGCUUUUAAGAAGCACAAACUGACUGAUGCCACUGGACGUCUGCAGGACAAGGUCUGUUCCCAGCAUGACAAACCCCUGGAGGUCUACUGCCGUACCGACCAGCAGUGUAUCUGUGAUCUCUGUAUGAUGUAUGAACACAGAGGCCAUGAUACAGUCUCAGCUGCUGCAGGAAGGGCAGAGAAACAGAAAGAAAUGGGUGAAACACAGAGGAAAUUUCAGCAGAAAAUUCAGAUGCAAGAGAAGGAGCUGCAGGAGCUGAGAAAGGCUGUGGCCUCAAUCACAAGCUCAGCACAGUCAGCAGUGGAGGACAGUGAGAGGAUCUUCACUGAGAUGAUCCGCUCCAUUGAGAGAAGACGUUCUAUGAUGAUACAGCUGAUCAGAGCUCAGGAGAAGGCUGCAGUGAGUCCGGCUGAACGACACAUGGAGAUACUAGAGCAGGAGAUCAAUGAACUGAAGAGGAGACACUCUGAGCUGGAGCAGCUUUCACACACAGAGGAUCACAUCCAUUUCCUCCAGAGGUGCCAGGGUCUUCAUAUCACCCCUGAAGCUGGAUUUGGACCCAGAAUCUCUGUCUAUCCACGCUGCUCUUUUGGGAAUGUGAGGAAGGUGGUUUCUGAGCUGAAGGAUCAACUGGAGAAUGUUUGCAAAAAGAAAAUGACAGAGAUCCAUCACACAGUUACCAAAGACACCAUCCUACCGGUAUUAGUUCCCAGGAACAGAGCAGAAUUCUUACAAUAUUCCUGUCAGCUCACUCUGGACCCCAACACAGCAAACAGAAACCUCCAUCUGUCUGAGGGGAACAGAGUGGUGACAUGGAAGGAAGAGACACAGUCAUAUCCUGGUCACCAGCAGAGGUUUGACCCACGCCUCUAUGUGCUGUGUACAGAGGGUCUGACUGGGCGCUGCUACUGGGAGGUUGAGUGGAGUGGGACUGGGGCCGGUAUAGCUGUCACAUAUAAAGGAAUCAGCAGGAAAGGAGAGAGUGAUGACAGCUGGCUUGGAUUCAAUGACAAGUCCUGGUGUUUGUACUGCUACCCCUCCAAUUACUCGUUCCGGUACAAUAAAGAGAAAACUGUGAUAUUUGGCUCCCCCUCCCCCAGGAUAGGAGUGUACCUGGAUCACAGGGCAGGAAAUCUGUCCUUCUACAGCAUCUCUGACACAGUGACCCUCCUGCACAGGGUCCAGGCCACGUUCACUGAGCCCCUCUAUCCUGGGUUUUAUGUCAACAGUACAGUCAAACUGUGUUGAUUAGGUUAACAGGCAGUUAGAUGUAUCCCAGCACAAUUAACUAAAUGACUACUAUGAAACAUAGUAUGAAAUUUGACUACUGGCUGUGACCUGUUUGCUGCCAGCUCUGUGAAAUACUGAAUGGACCUUCAUUUCAUGCCAGUGAACCUUAUAUCUGCACUGUCGGCAGAUAUCUUAACGUGAUAGAGAAAAGUAUAUUAGUUAUCGAUCAAAUUGUCUGAUGAAGAAAUAUGGAGAUUCAAGGACAUGCAUUAUUAUAUUUAACUGAAGUACAAAAAUAAUGCCAAUUGCCCAAUUUUUGCUCAGCUAGUUGCAUCUAUUUUCUCUGCACUUCCACAAAACUGCCAAGUUAGAGGCAGUGCCUAUGGUCAACCACAGCAAGCUAUCAAUGUAAGCACCUCCCCAGUAGUUAAUUUUCAAAGGAAAAGUACCUAGUCUAGAGUAGGUCCUAAAAAAGGGAAGGGUUCCAGUCGGGCUGAGUUCCUGUAGUGUGAACACAACAAAAGUUUGCUGUACUGUAAAAAGGUUCUGGUUCCAGAAAAAUGUUCCUACGAUGUGAAAGUGCCAAAGGUGAACUUACUGGAGCCAAACCCCUCUCAGAUCCAGGUCUCCUCCCAAGAAACCUUCACCGUUCUGGAACUCAGACUCAGACUGGGACCACAGCUGAGAGGACUGAUCCAAUGGGACAGACACAACAAGGUGAUUAACAGGGCUGGAGCACACAUGGGUACAGGUUCAGUGACUGAACCAGGGCUGCAAGAAACACUGGGCUUAACUACAAAGAGGUGAUUGGUCCAUUGGUUGCAGGUGUGCUGCCAGAAACUCGUUAGAAUAGUUAGAGGGGCAUGGUGGAACUGCUCAAUGGCGCCCUCUGCUGGCUGGUGGCCUGACAAUCUUUUGUGGAAAAUGGGGAAAUAAUGAACAUGAAAGUCAAUAUACAAAAAUUAUACAGGUGCCUUAUAUUAUCCAUAUCAGUUAUUCAUAGGUGGAAAUAAAAUAUUUUAGGCAGUCAAAUUUUACGUAAAAUUUUAAGAUUUUUGCAUUUAGAUAUGAGUUCCAUUAAAUAAUAACAAUGAGUUUAUUCAGCAAAUUGCUCAAAACAAUUCCUUGUAUCAAAUGCAAUUGUUUUGUAAAGGAAUGAUUAUUUUUACAUGGUGAUUUAUUUUUUUGAGAGAUUAAAACCAGUAGAAAUUCAUUCAUGCUUUUGCCAAGUACAGUUACCUAUAUGAACAGCUAAAUUAUUAUUUUAGUGGGGAUAAUUCUGAAGUCUUAAAGUUAUUUAUGUAUUGUAUCCACUUUGAAUGUGUAAAAGCAACAAAUGAAUAAAAUAUAUUAUAAUAGUGUGAAGCGUAUAGUUUUGGCCUGCUACUUACAGUAAAGUGCUUUACAGCAAAUGCA